CUCAUUCACUCAGAGUCCCACUGUUUUCUUUUUCCCCCUCCGACAGCUCAAAGUAAAGUGAAAAAUUCACUACUUUCAUACAAAAUCUAUAGGUUUGCUUUUUUGGCCCCCCUCCUCAUGUCCUCCACUUCCUCCCUCCCUCAAAUACUCACCUCAUUACUACCCAAACACAUCCUGAGAAUUAAAAAGGGAAUCUUGAAUUUCUUCCAUACAUUCAAUCUCUGAGUUCAGCAGGAUUUUGCUAUGUAGUGAUAAUGAGUAGUAAUAAUACUACUAGUGGCGGCGCUGCUGCAAAUUCUACAGCCACCAAAUUCAUCAAAUGUGUCACAGUUGGUGAUGGUGCUGUUGGGAAGACCUGCCUUCUCAUCUCCUACACUAGCAACACUUUCCCAACUGAUUAUGUUCCAACUGUGUUUGAUAAUUUCAGUGCCAAUGUGAGUGUUGAUGGCCAGACUGUGAAUCUGGGCUUGUGGGAUACUGCUGGCCAAGAAGACUACAACAGAUUGAGGCCUCUUAGUUACAGAGGGGCAGAUGUGUUCCUCCUUGCUUUCUCUCUCAUAAGUAGGCCAAGCUUUGAGAACAUUUCAAAGAAAUGGGUCCCGGAAUUGCGGCAUUAUGCACCCUCAGUACCCAUUGUUCUUGUGGGGACAAAGCUAGACCUAAGAGAGGACAAGCAGUUCAAAAAGGAUUAUCCGGGGGCAUGCACUAUUUCGACAGAACAGGGUGAAGAGCUCAAAAAGCAAAUAGGAGCGGUGGCCUAUAUCGAGUGCAGUGCCAAGACGCAGCAGAAUGUGAAGGCUGUGUUUGAUGCGGCGAUAAAGGUAGUUCUGCGGCCGCCAAAACUCAAGAAACACAAGAGAAAGUAUGCAUCGUGUCGCCUACUUUAACAACGAAGAAGCGCUGCUCAAACUCAAAUUCAUAGCCAUCUAUGCUUUGGUAUAGCUUAAGGAAUGUGAUAUGUUCUAUUUAUUUCCUUCUUGCUAAUGUUUUCCAUCUCUCUUUUGUGCUUAUUCCAUCUCCCUUGUGAUUACACAUGCUAGUAGUAUUUUUUCUUUCUAAGGGGCUUGUGUGGUUUUUUCUUA